AUGGCCCUUCUGUCGCGGUCUUCCCUCCGCUUUGUGCGACGGGCGCCCGAAGAACCUGCCGACGGUCUGGCACCGCCGACAAAGAAAUCGCGCGAAAAUGGCGACCGCAAGAGCUCCCCCGAUUGUCUCGACACCAAAGAUCCAACGUCAAAAUCCCGUCCCAACUCGAAACCCUCGCGCCCGCGCAUUUCCCAUCGUACUCGUCGCAGCUCCUCUUCCUCCGUUAACACAGUCGCCUCCUCCGUCGGGCGAUUGACGACCCCAGCGACACGUACAAACGGAAAUGGAAUUCUCAAGACCCCACGCGCCCGCCGUGACUCUGGAACCCCCUCCGGCGCGCAUUUGUUGCGCAACGUGCACGAGUCGCCAGAUCCAUUGGAUACGAUCUCUCCAGCGCCCUCAGUCACGAAGCAGCGCACUGUGGCCCCGGCGAAUGCGGAAUCGAAUGUCAAAUCGCCCGUUUCGCCUGCGACCCGCACGACUCGGCGCAAUGAAAAUCGAUCGCUGGCCGAAGCUGACGAGAAGGCGAUCAAAGAGGAGGGUGCUAUAGGGGGUGCGACUCCCAUGCAAGAUACCAAGAGCGCGGCUCCGGACGAGCAGCCUGCAUCAGCAGAUACACGGCCAGGGAGACGGUCGUUGCGUUCAACUGAUACUGGAUCACGAUCCAAGAGCGAGCUUGCGCAGUAUUUCCACAACUACGAACAGAUUAUCAGUUUGGAUGUCCCUGAACCUGAGUUCCUCGCCGCCAAAACGAUCAUCACUCUCGUCGACGAUCUAUCGCGACCAUUACCAUUCUGCUCCAACCCCGAACCUACACCCUUCGGCAACCCGCUACGGAAGCUCUACGACUGUGAAAAGAUCAUCUUCCCCGACCCGGCGUCGAGUACACCUGCAAUUGACCCACUGGGCGAAGAGACCUAUUUCCGUGCGCAUCGCAAGUUCGAACGACAAGAGAAACAGCUCCGCAACAUCGAGCGCAACCGCGCUCAACACGAACAGCAAGUCCUAGAGCGUCUCCUGGACGAACUCCGCGGCCACGACUGGCUACGUAUGAUGGGCUUGACGGGUGUCCACGAAAGCGAUAAAAAGCUCUACGAGCCCAAGCGUGAUAUCCUGAUCCAAGAGCUAGUCACUCUGGUCAACAAGUUCCAGGCUUGGAAGGACGAUGAGCGUCGCCGCAAGCUGGAAAAGGAAAAAGCCCACCCAGUGCCCGGUACGGAGGCAGCACCCAAUGCCCAACGACAGCACUCGCGCAAACGAUCCCGUCCAGCCGAAGACGUGGCCAGCUCUCCGGCAGCGGGGACCGAUCUACAUAGCAUGCCAGAAGUCUACGCCGAGCCAGAUCCCGAUCCAAGUGACAUCGACGCCUUGGCUGCGCGUCAGCUCCACCAGGAGGCUCGCUCCGCAGGCGUGGCUAAAUCGCGCAAGACAGCACCUGCUGCUCGCAAGUCUAUCUCCAAGCCCACUCCCAACACAAACAUGACCAACCCCCACCCCACUAGACCCAACACCAACGACCUCGAACCAACACCCACUCCCAAACGCAAAAAACCCAACCCAACACCCACAAAAUCCCUACCUCCACCCCCAGCCCCAGCCUCAACUCCAAUCCAAACCCCCAACCCCGCCCAACGACUCCAACAAGCCUCCCUCUCCCACUUCUGGAACCCAGCCCCUCGAACCAGCCCAUUCAUAUCCUUCUUCCGCCAACGACAUGUCCGCGAAGCAGCCAUCGCGGCAACAAAAGGCAUCCGCCGCAGCGGGUCCCGCCCAGCCCUCGCAUUCGGAUACCCGGUUCCCGAACAGACGGAACAGGAAUUCGAGCUGCCGCCGGAGAUCCUGAAUGAGGAUUCUAUCCAGCAGUCGCAACGGAAGAGGAGGAGACUCAAGAGGCGGAGUUUGGGGGCGUGA